AUGAGGCCCAACAUCGCCCCAGGAUACCAUAACUCAAGACCAUCAAGGCAUUCAUCAACUGCUCAUACACGCGUGAUGAUGAUGAAGCCUCAACAAAUGGACAAAAAUAAUUUGACAAGAACGAGAAGACCACAAAGAUCCAACAACACGACUGCUCGCUCCUCAAAUGCUCGUCCUAUGAACCAAUCGAGCAGUCGCCGAGCAAAUAAUGCAAGCCGCAAUCGGUCUUCUUCCAGCCGUCGAGGACAAGCGCCGGCUGCUGCUGGAACCACAAGAGUAACACGAGCAAAAGGUCGCGAGACCCGUGAAUACUACAGCGACUACUCCAGCGAUGAAUCUUCAAGUGAAGGGUAUUCUGAGCCCACCGAUUGUUACUCAUCUGAAGGUGAUAUGGCAACUCUUUUGGAUGAUCGUGGGGUCGUUGUGAAUGCUUCCGACCUAUCUGAAUGUUGGUCCAAGGUUCCUAUUGAAAGCGAUGAAGAAAGCGCCUUUCAGCGGUUUGCCAAGAGGGUGGUAAAGAAGGAACGAGAACAACAAGGUUUCUUUUUUCCAAGUCCACAAGAGGAAGUUUCGCUUCCUUCUCUUGAAACCAAAGGGCACACCACCUUCACCACAUAUACUGAUGCCUACACCCAAGCAGACACAUACACUGAGGCAGACACAUACACUCGAGCGGACACGUAUACUGAGGCCGAUACUUACACUCGAGCAGACAGUUACACUGAAGCCGAUAGCUACACCGAAGCAGAUACUUAUACCAGAGCCGAUACAUACACUGAAGCAGACACUCGAACGUCUUAUGAUAGAUCGUACUCUGAUUCAGAUUCGGAUUCCGAUGAAGAUUCUGACGACAGUGGAAUGCGAAGCACCCCAACCUACCAUACAACAGCAGUCCAAGGCAACAUGUGGAUGUGUGGCGCCGGUCAAGCGGACGACGACACUCUUGCAGCUGAAUCGUAUGGUGGUCUCCGACAGAAUGAAGUUCUGAUUGCUUCCUCUCGUACCAUUGCAACCUUUGAAACGAGAGACGCCGAAGGCAGCUGGCGAAAUCGCGAUUCUCGGGCCAGUCCACGAGAACUAGUACCCCAGCAUGGCCGUGGGAACUCCCAAAAGCAGAAGACCCAAAAGCCCAAACAAUCUCUAAUUCCUGAAAAGUCGACCAAACCCCAGAAACCUCAAAAGCUUCCAAGCGUAGCCAGAACUGCCAAAGGCUUUGCAAAGAAAGUGAAUGGCCCCACGAAGCUCGAGAAGAUUGAAGAAUCACAGACUGAAGGUGCUACCCAGUCAAUCUUGGCAUUGCCACUACAAUGGUGGUAUGGCAAGACACAGGAAGACGAGAAACAAGAAAGGGAGUCACGAAAACUGGUGGAAAUCGCCAAGCGUGACCUUCUUGUCAAGCCUCAUCUUCAUGUUGACGGUACAAGAAGUUACGAUGGCAGCCUUACCCUGGAUGCACGCGUUCGAAAGGAUGCCGAAGAAGGACCAUGGUCCAAUGCUAACCCGACCGAUAUUCAUUUGGACGGAAGGGUUAAGAAAGUGACCGCGCCAGAAGUGCUCAAUGGAAAGAGGCACCAAGCAGCACUUGAGCGAGCACCUACCCCACCUACUCCCCCAUCGGCAUUUGCACCCAAGAAGACUCAGAAGAUUGAUGUCUGGACCGACGGAGACACUGAAGUGGAGAGUCAAGUGCCACAUUUCUCUGGAGUGUGCAAAGUUGAAGCCUUUGGUGGUGGUGCAAGGCAAUCAAACAAACCCAGUAAUGUUGUCGCUCCUGUCAACAAGGAUAAUUGUCACCAUGAUACUGACCAAGUUGUCCAAUCCCAGCAUCAGCAGCCGACCCAAGAAUUAUCUGUCGAGCAGGAGCAAGAAGCUGCUGCUGAGCAUGAGCGAGGAGGUCGUAAUACCUUGCACCAGGAGGUUCAAGAUGCGGCAUUUGAUACCGUUUGGAUGGCACCAUCGGCCAUGUCGCGAAUGUCGUUCGAGUCGUCUCAGACUCAACCUACUGUCAACACGACGACUCCCCAAUCUAUGGCAAAGGACCAAGCAUUGCUGACUGACGACAAGGGGAGACAUGAACGCAACAAUUCCAGUGUUUCCAACCUGAUCAAUGCCUUUGAGAACAACGCGGUUAGUGCUGUGGGGACUCCUCCUACUAUUGAACAGAAUCGUGCUCGGGCCGAUUGGCGUAGUCCUGGUGGUGCCCUUGUGGCCCCAGUGUUCCCGGCACCCGUAGUACCCGCUUGGUUGGCCUCGGUUCCCAAAGACCACGAGGACAAAGGUCGCCAUAGCCCCGAACAAAUGAUGGAUCCGGAACAGAUGAUGAACCAACAACGAUGCCUUUUUGACACGGAUGACGAAAGGACAGAGAUGACCGACGAUCCAAGCACUAUUUUGCAGCUUGAUGCUAAUGGACAAGUAUCAUCAACCUCCUCGGGAUAUCACCAUCAUGGCAAAGCCUUUGAUUCGGAUCUGCUAUUUUUAGGAAACGCUGACCCUGAAUCCGUCCAACCAGUUGCUCCCAUAUCAUCAAGUGCGAAAAGAGUCCGAUCAAACAAGAUCAAAGAACUACAGUCGGAAACUGCCUUUUCCACCAACAAGGACAAUGAUGUGGAGUACUUUGGUCAAUUCCAGAGGGAAACCCUUCAGUCCGAGGAGCCAGCAACAGCAAAAACAUCGACGACAACCUUUAUGAAGCCACGACGAAGACGAAAUACCGUAAAGUCAUUCCUUCCUUCCUUUCCGAGACGCAACCAGAAAGGAGGAGGUGGUGCCCCUCACCAAGAAAGCUAUCUCCAGCUCGACGACGACACUAACAGCGAAAACAAUAAUUGGGGCACCACCACCACCACCACCACAAGCUCACCCGUUGCGAGCAAUAAGGUUCGUCAAGAUCUCGGGAAUGCUGACAACAACAAUGGAAUGAUGACACAUAAUGCUGAUCAUCAUGACUACGAAUACAAGAACAAUCAUGAAGAUCAUGCCGAUGACUAUCCUCAAGAUGAUAUUGUACGGGAUGCCAUGAAGAGUAUCAACGACACAGAACAAGCAUUGAGAGAUGCUGAUAGCUUCUUUGCCGCAGGGAGUUUCUAUGAAGCUUUGGAUGAUGGCUUUUCUCUAGGCUAA